GGUGUUCCUGUUACCCUCAAGAGAAGAGGGGGGGAGUGAGUGAGGGAGACCAGAGCGGUACUCGCUUUCCCCUGCAAAAAAAACUGCGGCUACCUUCUCCACCCAUCGCCGUGAUUCGCCUGGCUUGUGUGUCGCGAAUCAGGUGUGGCAAAAUAGUUGUUAGAGCCUAGGAUCAUCGCAUCUAAAUAUGGCGGGCAGAGCAGCAGCUGCUCCUGAGCAGCAACAUCAAGCGAGCAGCAGCAGCCGUGAUCGCCGCGGGGACAGCAUCGCUGGUGCAGCCCGCAGCCUGCUUCGACGCCGUCAAGGGUGCCGAGUGGUCGGAGGCCGCGACGGAGCGGAGGCGGAGCUCUCGCUGCUGCCGUUCCCCCCCGAAGUGAUGUCGCUGGCGCUCCUGUACGCUGAAGGGAAGACGCUGUCUCAGGCUGCAUGUGUUUCGAAGGUAGGAUCGAAGUCGGAAUGGCUGCGACUGUGGUGUGUGGUGUUCCCAGUUCUCAGCCGUUGA